GUGUUGGAGAGCAAACAGUUACGGUCAAGUUGACAGUGCACUGAUAGCCACACUUUAAAUAUAAUUGCUCAGCAAGUUCUGCAGUGAAACACUUUCGGCUAACUUGACGACAAGUUUCUGGCAAGCCUCGGCUGGAUAAUACUUGCGUGCAAGUUGAUGCAAAUCAACUGCUGUCAUCUGAAUGUAAUUCGACAGAAACACUUGCCGUCAAUUUCAAUUGAAAAUUUCAAUCAACUUGACGUCAUUGUCUGACAGUAACACUUGUAGUCGUCAAAUUGAAUUCAAGUUACAGACAAUUUACUGUCAACUUUAAGGUAACUGCUUGCUCUCCAAUACUUUCCUUUAAGUUGGCUCCCGAAUACGGCCGUAGCUUGAAGUUAACUUACGGUCAAGGUGGCUAUCAGGGUAACAAGCUCGAAGAGCUCGAAAAUGUAUUCACACCAGUGUUUUCGAGCUCAAGGAGCUCGAAAACAGCGGGAAGUUUUGGGGCUGGUUCGCAGGGUCAACCGAUAUACAGAUUAUUUUAGUUUAUUUAGGUCUUUUAAAGCGUAAAAAUGAAGAAAAAAAAAUCUAUAACCAAUGAUGAUGAAAAUUUAAGUGACGAAUCAAUGAAUAGAUAUAAAAUUGUUCAUGAUUCUAAUAAUCUCGAAGUAUUGAAUGCUGGUGAAUCUUCAAAUAAUUGUGUGCCAAUUAAUUCAAUAAAUAAAAGACAGGACUCAUGGAGCAGUGCUCCGAAAACAGCAAAGAAAAAAUUUAGAAAUCCAGUUACUAUUAAAUCGAGUUUAUCUAUCCCAAUUCCACAUGUGUUACGUGUUUCACCAAGACCAGAUUUUGAAAUUCCUCGUAAAAAAAAUAAAAUUUCUGAUGAAUUUGAUUUUGAUGAAUCAAGUCUUCGUGUACCAAUAGUACCAUCAAUAAAACUUGAGUCAGUAAUUGAAAAACGACAGGCUGAAAUGAAUAAACAUAAUCGUGAAUCAUCAAGCGAAUCACAAAUUAAAGAAAACACAUCAAGAAAUUCAUCAAGCGAAUCACGAAUUGAACACGAGACAUCAAUAGAUUCUGAUGAAUCUGUACCAGCACCAAACUUUUAUGAUUCUGAUGAUAAAACAGCAUUUCAUUCUUGCUGUCUUGGAAAUAAAGUUAUUUUUGCAUUAAGUAGUUCAAACAAAUUUUCAUUCUACGGUAAAUUAAAAAUAAAGGUACUGUACGGUGCUGUUGAUAUUUAUGGAUGUACGUUAAAUAAAUUAAAUACCGUCACACCAGUGGAAAUUUACUCACCACGCAGCCCAAAUUUGUUAUGUAUCCAAAGUACAUAUUGUCUUGAGUCUAGUAGUUUUGAUAAUUUAUCAGAUGUUUGGGAUACAUUGAAAGAAAAUAAUAUUGAUCGUAAUGUAGAACCAUUUAAAACAUUUGCUGAUAAUAUUGAAGCCGGCUGGUCCGUGUUCACACUUCAAAAUUUUGAGAAUAAUUGGACUCGAUUUCUCGAAAGAUAUUUGUCACAUCGAUUAUUUCCUGUAAUUGAAUGUAAUACUAAUAAUUAUUGUAUACUAGGUGGACGAGUUGAAAUGGUUUUACAAAGUUUCAUUUAUUCUACAAAAGCACAUAAACAAGUACUUUGUUUUAAUAAUACUAAAGAUAGUGUUGAAGCUGUUGUUAAUGAUUUUAAAUCUAGACAUUCAUCACGAAUAAUAUUAGCUGGUGGUAAAAAUCUUGGUAAAUCAACGACAAUGCGUUACCUUGUUAAUAAAUUAUUACACGAAACUGACCAAGUUUUAGUAUUAGAUUUUGAUCUAAGACAAUGUGAAUUCACUCCAGCGGGAUGUAUUUCUAUGACUAUUGUUCGUAAACCACUGUUAGGUCCUAAUUUUACUCAUUUACAAACACCUUAUCAUCAAAUUUAUAUGGGUGGAAUUGACGUAACUCGUUGCUUGACAAAUUAUAUUGAUGGAAUUAAAAAUAUAAUUGAAUGUUUAAAUAGAUAUUUAGAUAAACAAAAUAAUCCAAUACCAGUCGUUGUAAAUACUAUGGGUUUUUGUAAACGUAUUGGUUGGAAUAUUAUGUGCCAUAUUAUUAAGAGCAUUAAACCAACAGAUGUUAUUCAAAUAAAUUCUAAGAAGGCUGAAUGUAAUUAUAAUAAUUUAUUAAAACAUCAAGUUGUUAUUAAUGAGAGAAAUUCAGAACUAAGUAGGGUAAUUUUGGAUAAUCCUGUAUUGAAAGAAUACAAGCAUUAUCUUGUAAAUUCCGACGCUGAGGUUCUAUAUAAAAACAGCAAAACUUGGAUCGUAGAACUUGAUCAAUUGAGAGAAAUUGUAAUGCUCACUUAUUUAAGUGAUAUUACAAAAGCUAAAAAUAACACAAAGUCAUACAUGACCUUGACAAGUGUACCAACAACUAUCAAUGAGAUAACGCCGUAUCAAAUUCCAUUUUCGGCUGUUAAAGUAUCACUUGGAUAUCCGGUUGUUUCUCACGUACUGUCUGUUAUCAAUGGUAAUAUUGUUGCUUUAAGUGGUAUUGAUUUGGAUGAUGAGCAAUGCAAUACUGAGAAGGUAUCUUAUCCAAAAGUUUUAGUACGAGCACCUGUGGCUACGUGUUAUGGUUUUGGAAUAGUACGAGGUAUAGAUAUGGAGCAAAAAAAUAUAUAUAUAAAUACUCCAUUGUCAAUUGAUGUAUUACGAUAUGUUAAUUUUUUAAUCGGAAGCAUCCAAGUUCCUACAUGUUUGCUUCAACGAAAUAAAUUGGGUUUGCCGUACACGAGUCGUCAUCCAAGAAGGUGCUUUCGAAUGAAAAACCUCAAAGAUAUAUAAUUCUUAUCUACGGAUGAUUGAAUAUUUUUUUUAUGUACAUUGAUAAAAAAUUACAUCAUUGAAAAAAAAAACUAUUUUUUAUACAAUAAAUAUUAGUUGCUCUCUUCAGACGGUCUUUAUUUAUU